CGGCAGCGCCGCCACCGGACAAAACCACACUUAUAAGCCACAGACAAGCCGCAACAGCACGACGCCGGCCUCCUUUCACCCGCCGCGCCAGCAGGAGGAGAGAGGGCUCCCGGGUGGGAGAAGCACGCGUUGAUGGCUACUGCCGUCGUCCCGCCGCCGCCGCCGCCCCCGGCGCUGCCGGAGCGGAGAGUGCCGGCGGUGCCGCGGCUGGCGGACGACGGUGGCGGCGGCGGAAGGGGGGACGCGCGGGGGAGUAGCGCGGGAGGGGGCGGGAGCGGUGGCGUGGCGGGCAUCUCGCCGAGCAUCCUCAUCAUCGCGGUCAUCGUGGUGGUGAUGCUGCUGGCGUCGCUGUGCAUCCACUACUUCAUCCGCCACCUGUGCCGCCACGUGGGGCCUGCGGGGUCCUCCUCCGCCUCGUCCCGCCAGGCGCCGCCGCUCCCGCUCGUGGUGCGCCCCGCGGCGGGGGCGUCCGUGGCGCCCGCCGACGGCCACGGAGGGGGCGGAGGGAAGGCGGCGGCGGCGGAGGCGGAGGCGGCGGAGCGGCUCAUCGCGCGCCUGCCGCUGUUCACGCUGUCCUCGUCGCUGGCGUCCGUGCCCAAGUCGUCGCGAGACUGCGCCGUGUGCCAGAGCGCGUUCCGCGACGACGACGAGCUCCGCCUCCUGCCCGCCUGCCGGCACGCCUUCCACUCCCGGUGCGUGGACCCGUGGCUGCGCGGCAACCCGUCCUGCCCGCUGUGCCGCGCCUCCAUCGCGCUACCCCACCCGCCGCUCACCGACCUCCUCCGAGUGGAGCUCGGAAGCGUGAGCAGCCGCCGCUCCAAUCCCGACGCCGCUGCCGCCGCCGUCCGCGCGUACCCGCUCCCCAGCGGCCUCCCCAACUCGGCGUCGUCGGAGUACCUCGUCGAGGAGGAGCUCCAGGUCGUGCUCAAGCCGAGCCCGCGCGCCGCCGCCGGGUCCAGCGACCCGCCGACCCAGCAGCAUCCUCAGCAGGAGCAGCUCGCCGCGGUGGAGCGCGGGCAGCCAUCGUCGUCGACCGUGGGCCUGACCCCGACGGCGUCGUUCAGGUCGACGGCGGAGCGGUGGAGCAGCAGGUGGAGCAACCGUUGGAGCAGCCGGUGGAGCAGCGGGCGCUGGAGCAGCCGGUACGACGCCGGGACCGUGACGGCGGCGGCCACGGCGGAGUGGUGGUGGGACAUGGACGGCGGCGCCGCCCCGGCGGCGCGGCGGCGGGAGGCGGAGGACGGCAACGGCAGCGCGUCGUUCUACGGGUUCGUGCGGUGGCUCACGGGCGCAUACUAGCGGACACGCUCGUACGCUGUAAGCAUUCAGUCCACGCGACGCGGUUGAAGCUAGCUUCGCCGCCCAUGCGGUGGCGGCCGCGGCCGGCGGCGCCGGCGCGGCGCUGUUCCCGAAAGGGCCCUCCUCCUCGUCUUCGUGAAACGAAUCGAAAUGUGACUCGGGGUGCCUGGCUCUUCUUUUCGGCAUGCGAGCGGGGGUUUUUAUUUUAUUUUUGUUUCUUUUUUUUUUUGGGGCGAGUGGGUGGAUUUCGAGGACGGAGAUGCCGUUUGCGGGUUUCAAAACUGCUUCCGAAUUGGAGAAUGUCGGCGGGAAGAAUGAGGAGGAAUGAAUUUGGGGACUUUGCAGGAGCCCAGCACAGCACAUUCACUCUCGACCCAUCGAAGGAAAAUUUAAAACUUUCCAGCUUGGAGAAUUCCAGGACUUUUGCCGCAUUUUGAUUAGAUUCUGUGGAUGUACGUAUGUAGUGUGGAUUGGCCUUUGACCUUUUUAUAUAGGUUUUUUUAGAUCUCAAAAUUCAUCGGAUUAUAUUUAGUUCUUCUAAUCUUCGGUUGAAAAUUACUACAAUAAAUUUCGUCCAAAUUUUUACAGUGAAUUUCGUCCAAAUUAGCAAGGUGGUGGAUUUAGCGAAGUGGGGCAGUCCUCUCAUCUCAUGAGAUGGGGAGGCUUUGUUAUGUGCACAUCUGCAAAGUUGAAGCAAAAUUUUGGCA